AUGGCCGCGGCAGCCGUACAGACCCCCCUCGUCGCGGGCACGCACCCGGGCCAAGAAGAAGCCGUCCAGGACGCAGAGCCGGCCGGGCCGGGGCCGUCUGGGCAACAGCGCCAUGUGACAGCCACCCUCAGGUACUUCAAAGACAACGAGGACGGGUCGCCGCCGCACGCGACGUACGUCGGACGGCCCGAGACGUACGAGCGGCCCUUUGAGGCUCACCGGGUGGGCAUCGCGGACAUUGCGGGCCGAGAGCCCGACUUCACGCUCGACAGGCACGGGUUCCAGGUGCACGGGCACGUGGCCACGGAGAAGGCGUUUGUGGACGACGACCAAAUCAGGAGCGGCUACUACGCCGAGACGGAGCAGCUGCUCAGAGACGUCACGGGCGCGAGCAAAGUGCACAUCUUUGACCACACGAUCCGGCGGCAGGCGCCCGGGGCAGCGGCCGGCGCGGGCCCGGACAAGGCGCUCCGCGGCCCGGUGCAGCGCGUGCACAUCGACCAGUCGUACGCGGCGGCGGUGUCACGGGUGCCUCACCACCUCCCCGACCAGGCGGAGCGCCUGCUCGAGGGCCGCGUGCAAAUCAUCAACGUCUGGCGGCCCAUCAGCACGGUCGAGCGGGACCCGCUGGCCGUGGCGGACGCCGGCUCCGUGCCGGACUCGGACCUCGUCGUCACCGAGCUGGUCUACCCCGACAGGAGGGGCGAGACGUACGCCGUCAGGCACAACGCUGGCCACCGCUGGUUCUACAGGUCCGGGCUGCGGCCGCACCAGGUGCUGCUGAUCAAGUGCUUCGACAGCAAGACGGAUGGGAGGGCGAGGAGGGUCCCGCACACGGCGUUCGAGGACGCCGGCGCCAGGAAGGACGCGCCGCCGAGGGAGAGCAUCGAGGUCCGCGCCUUGGUGUUUCACGAGCACGAUACCGACUGA